AUGUUUAAUUAAUUAAAUUGGAGAGAAAAACAUGCUAUUGAGACACUUCUAAGUUUGCAUGAGGAAUCUCAAAAUGAAGUAGAUUAUGACAAAGAAAUGCAACGAUUAUUCAAACCUCAAGAAAAUGCAUUGAGUCAUAAUAAUAGCUAUAUUGUGUAAAAACCAAGAUCUCAGCUUCUGAAAAUCAUUUGUCCAAAAUCAAAUUCAAACUAACAUUUUGAGUUUAGAGGCAGGUCAUUAGAGAAAUAGUCAGAAAGAAUAAUUGUUCCUGAUCAGUACAGACCAAAAUAUUUAUUAUAAUAAUUAAAAACUCAAAGGAAUCUACGUCAUGUAUCGGAAUAUCGUACAAUCAAUGUACCUACGAUUUAAAUUGUGCAAUCUCUCUAAACCAUAAAUCUAAUUGAAAGAACCGGUAUAACUUAAUAGAAGAAAUUAAGAAAAAAGGAUGUUCAAGUACCGAGAUUUAUUUUGAAAUCAAGAUAAAAGCUAUGA